GACAGGGGACUGAGUGAGCAGUCCAGCUCCCUGCCACAAACCCGGCGGAGAUCGGAGGGGAAGGAGCGCACUGAGCGAGAGAACGUGAGAGAGACUGAGAGAGAGAGAAAUAUCCUGAGCGUCAAGGAGAGAGAGAGAUAUAUAGAGGGAGGGAGGAGCGGGGAUAGAAGAGUGUUUCAGCAAAGAAACGCACAGUUUACAGGAGGAGAGCGGAGAGGCUGCACGUUUAUUUGCUCCCGAUCAGUUUUACGCACGCACGCUGGAGCUGCCUCUUCCAGGAGAUCUUGUGUUGUCUUUUGCGCAAGAACGGACUGUUACAGUGGCAGUAUAUUAAGAGGAUCUUCGAUGGGGAAAUGUUUUUUUAUUUUUAAAUCAUAUAGCCCUUUACCAAGCAAAUGCGCAAUUGGGAGUGAGAACCAGAGCAAAAGAUUUUUAUAUAUUUUAUAGAGACGAAGAGGAAACACUUUUUUCAGGUUAUGUCAAACUUAAUAGUCCUCAGAAAUUGUUCCUGUCGGUUCGUGGUGGUUUUAACCAGUGAUUUCUACUUUGUUUGAAAUUUAUGAUUUUGACUGUCAACAGUGUCAGUGAGGUUUAUAUCGCCACGCGCGCUGUGACAGACGGAGAAACGGUGCUGCCGACUGUGCGCACAGCAAUGGAUUCUGACGCUUUAAAUGUGUGCUUAGAGUAAAUAUUGGGAUUAUUUCAGAUCCAUUUGCGCAAAUUAGUUAGUUUCUUUUUAAAAGAAGAAGCACACGAGGACAAAGCUCGUACCAAUAGCGCACCAACUUUGCGAUAUUCUUGGAGAGCCCAGUGAACGCACCCCGGCAUUUGUGUUUGAUGUUGGCCACUACUUGUGUUGCGCCUCAAAGAAAAAGAGAACUGUGAAAAAGGAGAGGAAAGGUGGACUUUGGACUGCAGCGUUGUCUCAGAUAAACACAUUAAAACCACUGAGGAGGAGAAUCGGUGUUUUUUUCUCCACAUCCGAGGGGAAAAGAUGGAUUUAUUCAUAUGGCUUUGUGGAUGUUUAUUGGCUUUUCUCUCGCCUUCAGCGGUCAAAGCAGAGGAAGGAGCUUCUGAGCCAUGUGGUGGCUAUUUAGAUGCAAGUGAUGCCGGCUACAUCACCACCCCCGGCUAUCCACUGGAGUACCCACCUCACCAGAACUGUCGUUGGGUCAUCACAGCCCCAGAGGCCUCACAACGCAUCGUCCUAAACUUCAACCCGCACUUUGAGAUCGAGAAACUGGACUGCAGGUAUGACUAUGUAGAGAUCCAUGAUGGGAACUCAGAGACGGCUGACCUACUGGGGAAGCACUGCAGCAACAUCGCCCCUGCACCGAUCAUAUCGUCAGGGCCCUCAAUACACAUCAAGUUUGUGUCUGACUACGCCCACCAGGGGGCGGGCUUCUCACUGCGCUACGAAAUCUUCAAAACCGGAUCAGACUGUUCCCGGAACUUCACCAGUCCCUCGGGUCUCAUUGAAUCGCCGGGCUACCCCGACAAAUACCCUCACAACCUGGAGUGCUCCUUCAUCAUCAUUGUCCCUCCCAGCAUGGAUGUGACCCUCACCUUCCUCACCUUUGACCUGGAGAAUGACCCCCUGCCGGGUGGAGAGGGAGACUGCAAGUACGACUGGCUGGAAGUGUGGGACGGGCUCCCAGGAGUCGGCCCUCUGAUUGGUCGAUACUGUGGGACCAGAGUGCCUCCUGAGAUCCAAUCAUCUACCGGGAUUCUCUCUCUGGCCUUCCACACUGACAUGGCUGUGGCUAAAGAUGGCUUCUCCGCUCGAUACAACAUGACUCACAAGGAAGUCAGUGAGACUUUCCACUGUAGUAAUGCAUUCGGACUGGAGUCAGGAAAGAUCACAGAUGACCAGAUCACAGCCUCGUCGAGUUUCUACGAUGAACACUGGCUGCCACGACAGGCCCGACUCAAUUACCAUGACAACGGAUGGACACCCAAUGAAGACAGCAACAGGGAGUACAUACAGGUGGACCUCCAUACCUUGAAGGUACUUACAGGCAUCGCCACGCAGGGCGCCAUUUCAAAGGAAACUCUAAAGGCUUACCAUGUCACCACCUUUAAGCUGGAGGUCAGCACCAAUGGAGAGGACUGGAUGGUGUACAGACAUGGCAAGAAUCAUAAGGUUUUCCAUGCCAACACCGACGCCACAGAGGUUGUACUCAAUCGGAUCCCACAGCCGGUCCUGGCCCGAUUUGUAAGAAUCAGACCUCAGGCAUGGAAGAAUGGCAUCGCACUGCGGUUUGAACUCUACGGCUGUCAGAUCACGGAUGCUCCCUGCUCAGAGCUGCAAGGCAUGUUGUCUGGACUGCUAUCCGACUCCCAGAUCUCUGCGUCGUCCAUGAGAGACAUCCACGGCUCCAUGGGGGCAGCCAGGCUGGUGGCCAGUCGGUCCGGCUGGUUCCCCAACCCGACGCAGCCCAUAGCUGGAGAAGAGUGGCUACAGGUGGACCUUGGUGUGCCCAAGAUGGUGCGUGGCAUCAUUACCCAGGGUGCAAGAGGACUGGAGGGCAGCACCAGCGCUGAGAACAGAGCGUUUGUCAGGAAGUACAAACUGGCGCACAGCGUGACUGGCAAAGACUGGACUUACAUCACUGACAGCAAGACUGGGUUUGCUAAGAUUUUCGAGGGGAACGGCCACUACGAUACGCCAGAGGUGCGGAGGUUCGAUGAGAUAGUGGCACAGUUCAUCAGAGUCUUUCCGGAGAGGUGGUCGCCUGCAGGGAUCGGCAUGAGGAUGGAGGUCCUUGGCUGCGACCUGCCUGAAACCACCACUGUACCUGACACUGUGACCCCCACCCUGCCCAGAGUUGAACAGACCACUGCCGCAAUGAGACCAGCCACCACGCCGUCCCUGUCGGCUGUGUGUGACUUUGAGCAGAGCUUGUGUGGCUGGUCGGCUGAUCCCCAGUCAGGUGUGAGUUGGUCCCUGCACACAGCCAGCAGCACUGCCACUGGACACGGCACACAUGGAACCAGGCAGGAUCUGGCACUGGGAUCAGACAAUUUCUCAGGAAACUACCUCCACCUGGACGCAGGCGCCCAUACCCAGCGCAAGCGAGCCCGGCUGAUGAGCCCCGAGGUGGGGCCGGAGCAAGGCCCGCUCUGCCUACUUUUCUACUACCAGCUCCAGGGGGAGGCACAGGGGAGCCUGAGGGUCCUUCUGAGGGACAGCGACCAGGAGGAGACGCUGUUAUGGGCCCUAAAAGGAGACCAGGGGCCUCACUGGAGGGAGGGCCGCACCAUCCUGCCCCAAAGCCCCAAGGAGUAUCAGGUGGCAUUCGAGGGCUUUUUUGAUCACCCAACCAGAGGCCACAUCAGAAUAGAUAACAUCCACAUGAGCAACAGCAUUGAGCUGGAGCAGUGUACACAGCCUUUCCCUGCCUUAACUCCUGGCAUAACCAACCCCAGGCCUAUGGAUUUCGGAAAAGAUCCUGUUUUCAGACACAAGCCCCCCAUUAAUGGAGACUAUUUGUUCCCAGGGUGGCCCUCCUCCUUCUCCACCCCCUCUUCCUCUGAUGUGGAUCCCUCCUCCGUAACCCUGGUGUCAGAGAAAGACAAGGACAACGCCUGGCUGUACACGCUGGACCCCAUCCUCCUCACCAUCAUCGUGAUGAGCUCUCUAGGCGUGCUGAUGGGUGCUGUUUGCGCAGGACUGCUCCUCUACUGCACAUGCUCCUACAGCGGCCUUUCCUCGCGCUCCUCCACAACGCUGGAGAACUACAACUUUGAGUUGUACGACGGGAUUAAGCAUAAAGUGAAGAUAAACCAGCAGAGGUGCUGCUCAGAGGCAUGAAGAGGAGGACGAGGAGGACGAGGAGAACUCUGGAGAACGAUAGGGAAAGACACGUCCCGUGAUCCCAUGCGAUAGUAAUUUUGGUUCUCGGUUUGGACAAAACAAACAGGAAAUGUAAGCACCACCUGUUAUUUUAAUUCCCACUGUCCCCUACCCAAUAUCCUGCUCUAACGUCUAAAAGGGGAAACAGUCAACCCAGAGAUUCCAAACCAGUGGAAACUUGAUCUCCCCUACAUGCUAUGAGGCCUGCACUGGGGGAACACCUGAUCCCAGUCUCCCCUACCCACAGUACCAUAUCUCCUCCGCCUGCAGGAGAGAGCCUGCUCGAUCUAAAAGCCUGUGAAUGAAUGAAUGAAGGAAUGAAUAUGAAUGACAGAUCUAGCAUAGAAUAUAACCCACCAGCCACUGGAAUGAAGCUAGGAAGGGGAUGAACCCUAGCACCCAUGAUAAUCUGGACAUUUGGACCACAAAUGAUAGCACAUUCUGGUGUGUUUGGUUAAAAUGUCGGUAUUGGGAUUCUUAAUGAAGAAGACUGGUACUUUGCAGAAGGACAAUGUCAGAUUUGUCCUCAUUGGCUUGAAUUUGAAUGUGGCCAGUAGAGACGGCAUGCUGAAAUCCAAAAGCUUCAGAUUCUGACUGUUGGUGAAGACUUCAGCACCAGUGGACCAUUUAAUGUGGGUACUUUUGACUGAAAUCAACACAUUUCAAGUGAAUGCCUAUCCCUUAAAGAAGUUUAAAAGAAAUCGAACCACACUACUCAAAUUAAUCUGGAUUUCUAAAGGCAAAGAAGGACAAGAGGAUGAAAAAGGACAUUUUUCUUUCUGUUUGUUUCAGAAAGUUUUAGAUAUGAGUUCUGGGACUUUUCAAACGUCCAUUUAGCCUGCCGUAUGGCGCUCGCUCGCUCCUUUGUCUGCCCUCGGUCUGCGCUUUGUGAAACCAGUGGCAUAGAAGAGUAAUGGUGACUGUUUUGUUAUGUUUUAGACUUGUGUCUGUUUGAAAAAAAAAAGUAAAGAAAAGCCAGCUUCAGUUCGUAGCCACCUUGUAGAGCUCUUAACGCCAUUUUUAGACUUUCUUUAGCAUUGUGUUGGACUCCAUGGUCUUAACUGUUACUUCAGUCCUUUUCUAUUUUCACACAUGUUCCAUUACAGAUUACAGUCUUUACCAAGAGUAGAGGAAAGAUAAAGAACGACGGUAGACAGAAAAUCAGAGGUUUAAAUUAUAAAUCUAACAUGCUGUUAUGGAGUCGUGCUUUAGAUUCAGUAUUCUAGGGUUUGUCUUUGGUAUAUAUCUAUAUUUUUUGCUUCAUAGACUGUAUGAUGCCCAAAUGAUGGACAGACACUGUGUGGACAAAAUGUCAAUGAUUGUUUUAUUGCAACCUAUGGAUUGCCAAAGAGCUGUGUACUGUAUGUGCACAGGGGGUCUGAACAAGUGUUAAAAGAGGUCCGGGACUGAGAGUGAUAAAACAUCCUUUUAUUUACUGCUCUCAGAGUCAUCCCCCACCCCCUGAAAGGAGGACACUCAAAAAACUGAAAGAGACGGAAUGUCUAAAAGAAGAGAAUGGAAAUUGGACCGUUGACUUUCUUGGACACACAAUCGAGCCUUAAGCUAACUACAGUAUACGCUGUAUCGGAGGACAGCCAUCAAGGAGUUCCAGUGCUGCUGGAGAGACUGAACAGGAGGACACACACACACACACACACACACACAAAGAAAGACAGGCAGAGAAAAAAAGGAAAGAAAAAGUGGUAAAUUAUAUGUUUACAUGCAGAAGAAGUAACCUGUUGAUGUUUGAACAUCAUAACUAAAAGUUUAUACUCAGAUUAUCACAGAUUAUUAUUAACGCCUGGUAAAGAUACCUUCACAAAUAUUGCAUGUGAACAUGGGUGGCCAGCAUUGUACAGAUGUUUCUCCCAAGAAUUACAUUAAUAUGCCACUGUUUGGCUUCAGCUAAUUACAUUUUGGUUAAACUUAAUUUAAACUCAGAGUUACUCUGUGGAGUGUUUGACCACUAGUAACACUGUGGAGCAGAGUUUCUGUUGAUGCAUGCACACUAGUAUGCAGCUACGUGGUUUCACACUAUUCCACUGGCUGGUGGUUGGCAUGCAAUGAACAAAAAAAAAAAAGAAUUCAGCAACGGGGAAGAAGAAGACCGCAAGCUUGCAAGGCUUUUAAAUUACCAUCGGGAAAAAUACUUUGCAAAUACCUUAUUUAUUUCACAGAUUUGUGACUAUGCGGUAUAUUAUAACUUGUUAUAUUCACGAGAAAGCUCCCCAGGGUAACUUUAAUGCCCUUCACAAGGUUCUUCUUCUUCUUUUUUUAAAUUAGCAUAUUGACAAACUGCUAACAUAUCGCCAACUUUGACAGGUUUUCCGACAAUUUACACUCAUGACAACUAAAACUAUCCAACUAAUUUAUAACUAGAGUUGUCAUGGUGAUGCUUAGACAACUAAAAGUAAUUUGUUAAGGUUGUGGUUAAAAACAAAACAGAAUAAGGCGUAGCACUUUGUCAGCUGGCCAUCCAUCCUCACCUCCACACCCUUACGUCUGUGUGCGCUUUGUAAAUGUUUUCCUAGAUGCAAAUUAAUGUAAAUCGUGGUAGACUGUUGCAUUGUGGGUACAUUUUAAAUGGCAACAUAACCCAUGGCAGCAGACCUUGCAUUUGACGUAAACUAUCUGCUGUUGAAGUUGUCAAUUGCAGACUGUUCAAUCUGGGGUCGGGAACAUUUGAUUAACUGGACAACGUAGUCAGUCAAAGUUUUGAUCCAUAUGAAAAUGUUCCGUCGUGGGGCUUUUAGGAAGGUGAUUCUCUACAUGGAAACAUAUCCGCUGAGAUACUCAGCUGACAGAUGGAGUGGACUGAUAGCAAAUAAGACAAACAAACAUAAAAUGAGACUGUCAGCAGGACAGGUGGAAGGUGAGAGAUAAACAACAAUACAAAAAGACACACACCGGAGACGGAAAUCUUAACAAAUGUAAUUGGACGACCAGAUGCUGUCCUCUCCUCCUUUGUAUUUUUCUUUCUCAUUGUCAUUUUCACUGUUGAUCCCAGAAAGACCUUUUCGUGUAUCCUGAAGCUGUGAAGUUGCUGACCUCUGGGGGGUAAA